AUGGGUAACAAUUCAUCCAAACAGAAAAGUUCGAGACUUGGUGGAGGUGCACCAUUGCAGCGCACAGAUACAUCCAAUUCAGCCAAGUCAGGAAGAUCAGUUAGACUGAGGUUGUCUAUGGGUAGUAGCAAUAGUGUGAAUAACAAUAAUAAUAAUAAUAAAGAAAAUAACGGCCGUGGUAACGAUUCGAUUGGUAAUCAUGGGGCUGAAAAUAAUGGCAGUAAUGGCUCAAAUGCAGCCACUGCCAUAUCACCAUCAAAAAAUCGGUUUGAUGAUAGUGCAGGAGGUGGAACAAGUCCAAGCGAGCAGUUUAAUGGACCCAGGUCACCUUUGAAGUCGUUGUCACGAAAGAAUUCAUCAUCUGAAGUAAAUUCGGAAAUACCGUCGUUUUCAAGAAACAACAGCUCAUCCAACUUAUAUUCCACUUCUUUCAAUGACAAUACCAACUUGCCCCCUUCGAUGAUGCAAGUUCAACCGAAGGAACCUAUAUUAAUCCGAAGGAACACUAAUGAGACGGUAAACACUUCGAUGAGUGUUUCAGGACUUGAAUCUCCGUCAAUGAAUUCACCGCAAUCAACUUUUGUCAAUAACAACAACGGUACGAAUAUAUCACGGACGUCAACAAAUCAUUCCUUGUCAUCCUCUAUGAACAAUGCACCAAUAUCACCUCAAAAUACCCACUUGAUGGUUUCUAAUUUGCAAUCUAAUGAUCCUUCACAAUCAGAUGGGCAGCAACAAAGCUCCCAGCCACCCAAGUCUCCUUCCCUCUCUGCCAGUAAUGAUGAUACCAAAAGUAUACAAAGUAGCAGACAAUCGCUGGCCACGGACUUGACCGACCUUGCAAAAACUCAAUCUUCUGUGAAUAACCAUUUACACAAACAAUCAACAACUUCUUCUUCAAUAGGCGGUGGAGGUAAUACAAUAGAGAUAGAGGACUUGAUACAACGGCUUUUGGAUGCCGGUUACAGCGGAAAGAGAACUAAGAACGUUUGCUUAAAGAACACGGAAAUCCAAUUAAUCUGUGCCACAGCAAGGGAGAUAUUUUUGUCCCAGCCUUCACUACUUGAGCUUUCUCCACCGGUCAAAGUAGUUGGUGACGUUCAUGGGCAAUAUGGAGAUCUAAUUCGUAUUUUUACCAAAUGUGGAUUCCCACCACAAACAAACUACUUAUUUUUAGGUGACUAUGUUGAUAGAGGAAAACAGAGUUUGGAAACAAUUUUGUUAUUGCUAUGCUACAAGAUCAAGUAUCCAGAGAAUUUCUUUUUGUUGAGAGGGAAUCAUGAAUGUGCCAGUGUAACCAGGGUUUAUGGAUUCUAUGAUGAGUGCAAACGAAGAUGCAAUAUCAAAACAUGGAAGCUCUUUAUGGACACUUUCAACACUCUACCGAUAGCAGCAAUAGUUGCAGGGAAGAUAUUCUGUGUUCACGGAGGGUUAUCGCCAGUGUUAAACUCAAUGGAUGAGAUAAGAAACAUUGCGCGUCCGACAGAUGUGCCCGAUUUUGGACUACUUAAUGAUCUAUUGUGGUCUGAUCCCGCAGACACAAUUAACGAGUGGGAAGACAAUGAAAGAGGGGUCUCUUAUGUGUUUUCGAAAGUUGCCAUAAAUAAAUUCUUGAGCAAGUUUGGAUUUGAUUUGGUUUGCCGAGCCCAUAUGGUUGUUGAGGAUGGUUAUGAGUUUUUCAACGAUCGAACAUUGGUGACGGUAUUCUCUGCUCCCAAUUAUUGCGGAGAAUUCGACAAUUGGGGCGCAGUGAUGAGUGUUUCCGAGGAGCUUUUAUGCUCCUUUGAGUUGUUAGACCCCUUGGACAGCGUAGCAUUGAAGCAGGUUAUGAAAAAAGGAAAGCAGGAGAGGAAAACUGCACAAAGUUUGCAACGAAUUCAAUCUAGGUAA